AGACGGCCAAUCAGCCUCGUCGCGUGGAGUCUCUGGCAGAAAUCCUUCAGGGUGAACUUCUGUCUGCCAGCUGAACCUGGUCUGGGUCGCUGUCCACCGUUCCGUCGUCCAACGAUCGGUCAAUAUGUUGCGGGUGCGGGCGGUGCUCUGUCAGUCCUGGCGGGGGUUCAGGACGGCCUCCUCUGCCCUUGUGCAGGUGAAUAAUGAACCAAUUCUAAGUUUCACUGAAGGAACCAAGGAGAGAGCAGAUCUGCUGCAGGCCCUGAACAAGAUCCAAGGAACGACGGAGGAGGUUCCAUGUGUUGUUGGCGAUGAGCACAUUUGGACCCAAGAUGUUCGAUACCAACUGUGUCCCUUCAACCACUCACAUCGCGUCGCUAAGUUCUGCUAUGCAGACAAGGAGUUGAUCAAUAAGGCCAUACUGGCCUCUGUGGCGGCGCGCAAGGAGUGGGACCUGAAGCCUGUCCAAGACAGAGCACAGAUUCUCUUCAGGGCAGCUGAUGUCAUCAGUGGACCCAAACGGGCCGAGAUCCUGGCCAAAACCAUGAUUGGACAGGGCAAGACGGUGGUCCAAGCGGAAAUCGAUGCGGCCGCUGAGCUCAUCGACUUCUUCAGGUUCAACGCCAAACAUGCGGUGGAGCUGCAGAACCAGCAGCCACUGGAUGCAGAGGGCAGCACCAACCGCGCCAUCUAUCGUGGACUGGAGGGUUUUGUCGCUGCCGUAUCGCCGUUUAAUUUUACUGCCAUCGGUGGGAACCUGGCUGGGACCCCGGCUCUCAUGGGUAAUGUGGUGCUGUGGAAGCCCAGCGACGCUGCUCUGUCCGCUAGCUACGCCGUCUACAGGAUCCUACGGGAAUGCGGUCUCCCCCCAAACAUCAUCCAGUUCCUGCCGGCUGACGGACCCGUGUUCGGGGACACCAUCACGACCUCGGAGCACCUGGCAGGCAUCAAUUUCACCGGCAGCGUUCCGACGUUCAAACGUCUUUGGAAACAAGUUGCUCAGAACCUGGACACCUACAAGACCUUCCCUCGCCUGGCAGGAGAAUGCGGCGGGAAGAACUUCCACUUUGUCCACAAGUCAGCUGACGUAGAGAGUGUGGUGUCCGGGACGAUCCGCUCUGCCUUCGAGUUUGGAGGACAGAAAUGCUCUGCCUGCUCUCGGAUGUAUGUUCCUACGAGUCUGUGGCCGAGAAUCCGAGACGGACUUGUGUCCAUCGUCCAGGAGAUGCGAGUGGGAGAUCCCGUGGAGGACUUGGGCACCUUUUUCUCAGCGGUGAUUGACGACAAGUCCUUUGGCCGCAUCCGGUCGUGGCUCCAGCACGCCAAGUCAUCCGCCAACCUGACGGUGUUGGCCGGCGGAGGCUGCGACGAUAAGAUAGGCUACUUCGUGGAGCCGACAAUCGUGGAGACAAAAGAUCCAAGAGAUGCCAUCAUGAAUGAGGAGAUCUUUGGGCCGGUUCUGUCCGUCUACGUGUAUCCCGACGAUGAUUACAAGCAGGUUUUGCAGCUGAUCGACAGCACGUCACCGUAUGCUUUGACGGGUGCAGUCUUCGCCAAAGAUGAGAGUGUGGUGGAGGAGGCGUCCAAGGUCCUGAGGAACGCCGCCGGGAACUUCUACAUCAACGACAAGUCCACCGGCUCCAUUGUUGCCCAGCAGCCUUUUGGUGGCGCUAGAGCAUCAGGCACGAAUGACAAACCUGGAGGACCCCAUUAUGUCCUCAGAUGGACGUCACCACAGGUUGUCAAGGAGACACACGUCCCUCUGCGCGAGUGGAAGUAUCCCUACAUGCGUUGAUCCCCCCCCCACACACACACACACACACACACUUAGCUCACCGUCCAAUCAGGCUCCAUCCAUCAAUGUUUACUGUCAAUAUAGCUGAACUCUGCCGCCACGACGGCUGUGUACCUGUGAUCGUCCUGUCAGCUGAGGACUUUUGAUCUUCGAUGAUUGAAAUGUGAUUUUUAGUUUUUGAAAAACUAACAACAUAGAGGCUUUUAACAAGCAGACGCGUGCUGAAGAACUCGAUGACAUCACAGUGUGGCGUCGCUCCUACUUUUAUCACGACAAACAUUUUACACUUGAGGCUGGUGUGCAGUGCGACGCCUAUUUGUUUACUGAUGUUUUACAAAUAAUAAUAAAUAAAACAGGUAACCACUUUGUG